AUGACAUUUCAGGUCAUGGAGCAAAUGUUGACGGGCUUCCAAUCAGAUUUGAGCAGCAUCAGUCACGAGAUUAAAGCACUGCAAGACCAAUCCGUGCAGAUGAAUAUUAAAUUAAAAAACCAGCAGGCAGUGAAGGGGGAGUUGAGUCAGUUUGUCGAUGAGAUGGUUGUCAAUGAAAAUAUGAUUAGAAUCAUCAUGGACAGUCAGGUGACUGAUCGAUCAUUCCUUGAACAGUUGCACGAGUUGAACCACAAAUUGAAAUUCGUGAAGCAGCAAUCGACAAACAGCGCAAAAUCCUGCUCUGACGUCAUUGACAUUCUCGAAAAACUCAAGUUCAAGGUCGUGUGUGGUCAUCUUCCUCGUCAUCAUCUCCAGAAGAUAAGAGAGUUCUUUCUCCAGAAAAUCAACCAGUUCCGAAAACCGAUGACCAACUACCAUGUGCCCCAGAAUGCCCUCCUCAAAUUUAGAUUCUUCAACGAAUUCCUAAUGUCUCACGAACGUAACGUAUCGAAAGAAAUACGCGAUGAGUACCUGGACACAAUGAGUAAGGUCUACUGGUCCUACUUCAAGGGAUACGCCACCAGGGUCAUGAAACUGCAGUUCGAAGAAGUCGCCGACAAGGAUGACAUGAUGGCCGCCGAAGAUCCUUCGUUAAAAAAUCGUUCGACCAUCUUCAGCAUUGGAAAUCGAGGAAACAUCUUGAACAGUGCCGAACUUGAAGGACCCGUCAUCGUAGCCCACUCCACUAACAAGUAUCCUUACGAAAGUUUGUUCCGCAGUCACCAGUACGCACUGUUGGACAAUUGUUGCCGCGAAUUUUUCUUCAUCAGCGAUUUCUUCGUGAUGUCGUCAUCGUCGUCAUCGUCGUCGUCACUGGAGCUGUUUAAUCUCAUCUUCGCUAAGACACUGUCGUUCUUUGUUAAGCAAACUGAAUCGUACGUCGGCGAUUGCCACGACUCCAUAGCCAUCUUCUUAUGCAUGCAAAUCGUUCACAAGUUCAAGGCCAUUAUGCAGAUGAGGGGAGCACCGGUGCUCGACAAGUAUUAUACAACUCUGCAUAAAAUUAUGGAGCCUAGAUUUGAACAGCUCCUGCUCAUGAAUAUUCAAUCAGUCAAGGAAUGUGAUCCACAUAAGAUGGGUCACAUCGACGUCAGACCUCAUUAUAUAACGCGACGAUUCGCUGAAUUUACAUCAGCCGUGGUUGGCUUCAGUGAGGCACCAAUGAAUGAAAGGACUCAAAUGCUGCUGAUGCAACUGCAAAGUGAGAUUGACAACUUAUUAUUGAAGAUGGCGACGAACUUCAGCAACAACAAACAACAACUCGUCUUCCUCAUCAACAAUUAUGACAUCAUCAUCAGCGUUGUUGCGGAGCGAACGACAGACCCAAACAGCAAAGAGUGCCACCACUUCAAAGAUCAUAUCCUAAGAAAGACUCAAGAAUAUGUCGAAGAAGUUCUCCUAACUUAUUUCCGCGGCAUCAUCACUUUUGUUAAAGAUUUCGAACUCAAAGACGGUGUCCUCGAUUGUUCAGCUGCUGAUGAAAAACGCGUGGUUCAGCUGGUUCGCGGGUUCAACAGCGAAUGGAAGAAGUCAAUUGAUUCAAUCAACCAGGAGAUCAUGAGGACCUUCUCAAAUUUUAAGAAUGGAACUCAGAUACUGCAGGCAACACUAACUCAACUGAUCCAGUACUACCACUUGUUUCAUAAAGUUCUGUCACAGAGACCUUUUGCAUCAUAUCCAGUGAGAGGAGAGCUCAUUAACAUUCACAAUGUCAUGGUCGAAGUCAAGAAAUACAAGCCAAAUUUUUGACUUUUAAUACUUUAUUUUAGUUGAUCACAGAAAAUAUUAUUUUUUUUUAUUUAUGCAUUAUUCAAAUUUAAAAUAAUUGCAAAUUGUCUUCAAUUCAAUUGUACAAAAAAAUGCAUGGUUAAUUUAAAAAUUGAUAAAAAAUUAUUUUGUAUGGUAAAAAAAAAAAAAAA